AUGAAGGAAGGGAACGACGAGUCCGGUGUGUACACACACACUCUCUCUGUACCGUACAUAUGGUUUCCGGCAUUGCAUUGGCCUAGGCCCUGGACAUCGUGGGCUGUGAGAUGGCGUGUGUUUGGUGCGCAACUGCGGCCGGGGGGACGGAAGGCAAAGCGACGACGACCCCUGCCGCGGACGGGCAUCAUCGAGCAGCCCUCCGAGGCCAGGACAUGGGCGAGCCCAGAGCCCAGAGCCCAGAGCCCAGAGCAGCGACGAGAGCAUGUGGCGGCACCUCCGGAGCACAUUGUGCCCUCCAGGGUGCCCGCGACGAGUUGGCAUCUGGGCGGUUUGGCCACGGCCAGCUUUGGCAGGGACAGCAUCUCCUCUGGGUCUCCUUUGGGUCGUGGACGCGGAGAGACGGGCGACCUGGGCGCUCGCGGUGGGCUGCUCAGUGCUCGGCUCUGCGGUCUGGUGGACAUGGACUGUCCUUGUCUGGUGGGUGUAAGUGGGCUGUAUGGCGACCACAUUGGCGACGCAGCCAGGCGCGGCUUGCACGGCCAGGGGUGGGUGGUGUGGAAGGGGGGCCACAUGCGCAGGCUCUGGCUCUGGGCCCAGGGCCACUUUGGACACGCCCUUCUCUUGGUUGCCGUCCUUGCUUCCUUCCUUCCUUCCUUGCCAUCGCGAUGGACGCGCAGCCUGUCGCAGGGCGCCAUCUCGCACAAAUCUUCACAGUCUCCCGACGACUCCCACUAG